UCUAACAGCUGAUUUCGAUAUCUGGACCGUACUUUGAACGGCCUUUGUCGGAAAUAUGUUAAAGUCAACAUUCCAAUAGGUUCAUCAGCAUGGACUUUCGAAAUGCCCGUGCCAGACAGCCUGAGAUCGUGCGUUCUGUCCAGAAGGACGCCCGGUAUACAAACGAGCUCGCCGAGGACUUCUCCGAUGUGCUCAGGCUCACCGGCCCACGAAACUGGAUAAAGUACAACCAGAUGUGCAGGCUGCUGGCGGAGCUUAGUUACCACGGAUUCGCUUCGGCAAAUAGCCUUCAGACACUUGGCGAGGAAUAUACAGGGAUCAUACAGGUGGACGGAAACUACAAGCAGAUUCCCAGUAGAUUGUUGCAACUCUUGGCAAUUGUUCUGGAGUUCGGUGGCGAUUCCCUGUUUCAGCGACUGUUACAAAAAUUGGAUACAUAUGUGGUCAACCAUGAGGAAAUUCGACCCGAGGCAAAACCACAGCUUAAGAAGGUCAUUCAGCGUCUGAAGCAAUCCCCCAGUUAUGUGAAGGCCCUGCACAAGUCGCUCUUCUACUUGGACGCCAGUAAAUACCAGCUGUCCAAGCGCACCACAGGCAUAAACUACGUCCUUAUCCGCCACUGGCUGCAGCCAGAAUUCUCGCUGUACGGCUAUAAGAUCCUUGGGGUGAUUACCUUCCUGCAGGUCAGCGUAUCGCUGGGGAUAAGUGGCUGGGACGCUUGGCGGGAACACAAACGACAGCAGCUUGAAGCGAUUAAACAGACCGGAAAGAAGUUCCUGCAACGAAAAUUGAGUCUGAGGGAUGCCGAUCCCGACACCCCCCAAUGUAUCCUUUGCUUGGAACCCCGUUCCAACAGUAGUUUAACUCCCUGCGGGCACAUAUUUUGCUGGAGCUGUCUGCUCGAGUGGCUGGAAGAGCGUGAUGAGUGUCCCUUGUGUCGAGAGUCGUUAAAAAAGUCACAAGUGAUACCGCUACAGAACUAUGUAUAAGAUUGCAUUUUUUAACCAUUUUAUAUGUGUUAAGGAGAGUAUUUUUCGACCGCAAAAAGUACAUGUAUUAUUCAAUAAAAUUUAUAAAUUAUUGUUUCCAGACACACUUUAA